AUGGCAGGGACGUACAAGCAUGUCAGAAGCUUCCAGGGCAGAACUGCGCUCGAUUUGCUCUCAUCACAUCAGACAGCAGGGAUCAGCGAAGCUGCGCUUAGGCAGCUCAAGGGCUCCGCAGAGGUCGGUGUCUUACUGGGAAGGGUCCACCACGACAUGGCGCAAUACGUGGAAGCCGAGCAGUGCUUCCACAGUGUCCUGCGACACCAUCCUACGACCAUGGAGGGUAUGGACGUCUUCUCCCUCGUCCUCUUCCACCUCAACAGACAGGAGCGCCUCUCUGCGCUUGCCCAAGAACUGAGCAGCAUAGAUUCCGAUGCUGUGGAGACGCACAUUGCCAUUGGCAAUCUGUUCUCUCUCAAUGCUUCCCCUUCCAUUGCGCUGCGCUCAUUCAGACGAGCAUGUCUCUCUGCGCCGGGCUACGCCUACUCGUUCACUCUAGCCGGACACGAGUGUCUUGCCCUCAAUCAACCACUCAAGGCUCUGCGCUUUUUCCGAGAGGCGAUUCGCAUCGAUCCUCGGCACUGGAAUGGCUGGAGCGGUAUUGCUAGCAUUCUUGCAACAGAAGACAAAUUCGACGAAGCCCGCUUGGCCAUAAAUCGAGCCUGCUCCUUGAACCGCUUCAAUUCUGGUCUAUGGGAGGUCAUGGGUCUGCUCAACGAGCAAAAGGAGGACUAUGGUGUUGCGCUAGGAGCGUACUCUGAAGCCCUCGCGUACAAUCCCAAGUCGUCCUCUGCCUGCCUCAGAAGGGCGGAAUUGCUAUGGAAGACUGGCAAGUUCGAAUUAGCCCACUCGGCCUUCCUUCAGGUCGUCGCCCUCCUACCCAGUGAACCACGGGCUCAUCUCCUCUUGGCCGAGUCGUACAUGCGCAAGGGA